ACUAUUGUCGUCCCUUCCCUCCCGUCGAUACAUCGCAUCUACUGCUCCUUUAUUCUUGCUCUUCUUCAAGAUCUGCAUUUUCCAUUCUCCAGGAUGAGAGGACGAGGACGCGGAUCUUCAUCACGGGGUCGAGGAGACCAUGGCAGGGGUAGUGUCCACACAACUGAAUCAGAAAAUGUCAAUCAAGAUUUGGUACAACACACUGCUUUGAUUCCUAGACCAGACCAGGGUGAGAGAUCCACACCGGGUGCUGCAUCAUCCACUCCUGCUUCAGUGCACACAUCUGCUACUGCCUCAGCACCCAUAGGUUUGCCACCUAUUGCAUCUACGGCUACAUCUGCAUCUGCUUCUGGUAGUUGUGCACCUACAGGGCUCAGACUACAUAUUCACUUAGUAAAUUCAGUCAUGCAGCCUUCUGAUCCGAUUGCUAGGCGGAUUACCUUGAUCUUCAAGGAAAAGUUAGUAGCAGAUGGCUUUUGUUGGAAGAAUGUACCAGAAGAGGUUAAAGAAUUCUAUUGGCAAGAAUUUAAGAAACACUUCUUAUGGGAGGAGGCAAUAGAACAACUGAUGAAGAUAGCUUGGAGGAAGAUAGCUGCCGAGCGAUAUCGUAGCCUUAUGUGUAGCGUAAGGAAUGGGAAGGAGAAGAGACUAUCACUGACAGAAGGAGUAAUGGAUGCAUGGCAAUCCGCUUGGGGAGCAACUGAGUAUAAAGAGAAAUGCAAAAAAUUCUCAAAUAACAGAAAGAGUGAAACAGGUGGGCAAGGCGCUGGCCCAUCAAGACAUUGUGGAGGAUCCAUAUCUCAGUAUAGGCAUCAACAACAGAUGCGCGAAAGACUAGGCAGAGAUCCUCUACCUCAUGAGUUAUUUGAGGCUACGCAUAAGAAGAAGGGUUCCUCAGAGUUUGUUGAUGCACGCUUAAAGUCCAUUCAUGAUCGCUUUCUGACUUUGAAAGAGCAAGCAUCACAGACAGAUAAUGACAGUAGUCAGGCAUCCCGCGUUGAUGAGGCUCAGUUAUACUUUGAGGCAGUAGGUGGAGAGAAAAAAAGACCUUUGUACGGUCUUGGAUCACAGGCUUCAGUUUUCUUCCCAAACAAGACUUCUGCUAAUAUAUCCUUCACAUCAGCUCAGCAAAAUCAGGAUCUUCAAGAUGAAAUGGCUGAUCUCAGACGCAAGCUACAGGAGCGUGAGGAUAAUGAACAAGCAUUGAUUGAGCAAAAUGUGCGGAUUACCUCUGAGCUCUCACAGGUGAAGGAUUUACUUAUGCAGCUUGUGAGUGAAAGACAAGGCAACCAGCCUUCAGCUCCCGGUGAGGGAACUUCUGCACAGCCUGCACAGCCUCCUGAUCAAGCAGAUGAAACAAAUGAUGAGGACGAGGACGAGAACACUACACAUUUAUAG